GCAAGUCAGGUUGGCACUUUCGAUCGAGCAGCGCGUGUGACUGCGGCGGUCAUGUCCAAGUUCCCCUUGCCGCCCAACUUCUUUCGGUGCCCAGCACUGAAUGUGGAAGAGUCCGCUCGACUGCUGAAGAAUGCUGACGAUAUCUCGAUGGAUCUGGUUCGAUACUCGCGGGUGACGGGCGGCCCGAUCAAGUGGACGCUGAAGUCAGACGAUACGACCAUGCAGAUCUACAAAGGGGACGACCCGGAUGCGCCUCCUGGAGUUGUCUCGUGGCUCGGCGUGGCCGAAGUCAUGGCAACAAUCGACGAGGUCGUUGCUCUAUUCCGCACAGACACGUCGGAAGAGUACCACGAGUACUGCAGCAUGUUCAUGAAAGACGUAUUGGACGGACAAAUUCUGUACACACUGCGUCGAAGGACGGCAGAGAAUCCCCAUCAUUCAGUCGCGAUCAAAUGGUUCGCCAUCGAGAGCCCACUACCGAGGAUCGCCAAACCACGGGACUGGUGUUUCCUCGAGACCCAACACGACUUUGAACUGGAUGGAAAGCAUGGGUGGACUCGCGCGUUCAAGUCGGUCAACUUGUCGUGCUGUCCCGACUUGCAAAAUUCGCUCGGUCUCGUUCGCGGCAUCCACCAUCGAUCAGGGUACUGCUUCCUCCAGUCCAGUCGACCAGGAUAUCUCCAAGUGUCGCAGUUGAUCCAGGCGGACCUGCGGGGCAAAAUGGCCGACGUCCUCGUCGACGUCGGCAUGAAGCGUCGAUGUCGUAUCAUAAAAGGCAUGGACAUGUUUCUCCGACAGAAGCGGUUGUCACAAGGCACGUUCUUACACGAAGCGGAGCUCGUGCCCAAGGAAAGCCGCAGCAAGUGUUUUGUGUGCCAGCGCAAGUUUGGCGCGUUCUCGAAAAAGGGUCAGUGUCGCAAGUGCGGCGAGGUCGUGUGCCGGCGGUGCAGUCAAAUGUGGGACAUUCGCAUUGCCGGAAACGUCAUAAAACGCCGGGUAUGCACGGCGUGCUCAUGCGACAACAUGGAGCCCCCCACGGACGCCAACACGAUUGUCGAUGACCCGAACGACGACCAAGCCGAUUCCCAACCGAACGAAACGCCGCGGACCCAGUCCCGCUAUCCCUUGCCAACUAUGUGGACAAACCAUGCCCCGGGCGUGUCACCGCCGCACUCUCCACCUGCAAAGGAAGCUUUGGGUCGGCAGUUGUCGGGUCUCACGAUAGCUGACGACUCGACACAGUCCACGUCAUCCAACGGCGGCAAGUCGUUGCAAAUGUUCAAGCCUUUGCACGUUGAGUUGUCGCCGUUCGGAGGUGGCCCCACAACCCCGCAACAACGCCAGCAGCACCGGUUGCCUCCCGCUUCGAACGUCAUUACCCUGCGAAAGGAUGACAUGUUUACUGCAAUGCCAAUGCAGCUCCAUCUGCCGGAACCUCCCCAGCACAAUCCCCGUGGCGCCGAGUCGACGUGCGACGAUGACCAGCAGUCCGUGUUCAAGGACGACAUGUCCAACUACUCGGAAUCGCUCGUGAGUUUUCACCAAGGCAACUACGUAAAACGUGCCGGCCCAGUCUCGAUGAUGCACCCGGACGCGACGCCACAGAACCACCAGCAGCAGUACCGGCCCCAGUCGACGUAUGACAACCCGUAUGACCCGCCGCCGCUGCAAAGUUUUCCCCCCGAGCGAAUGGGUCACCACAUGCCUAGACGUGCGUACGAUCUGCGCCGCAACGCGGCGGCGCGUGUUCCGCCGAGAGAGCCGACGUAUGUGAAUCCGUACGUGUCGAUGCAGCAGCAACAGUUUGUGCAGUACGACGCUGGCGCUUACAUGCCCGCACAACCGAAUCAACGGCAGCAACCACCACCACAUUCAAACCACGACCAAUUUCCUUCGCUGCCGCCGUACCAACGCCCGUACGAUUCCCGCCGCCGACAUCCACCUGCGGCCCGUCAACCAUUUCCCUCUCCGUACCAACAUCCAGAGGCGUCGUAUGGCCAAUACCCUCAGGACGGUCCCAAGCGAGGCAUUCCCACGCUUGAUCAAUCCCAGUACGGUUAUAUCCAAAGGCAGCACCAGUACCUCCAGGACACUGACGGCGACAGCAGCAUAUUCAGCCAUGACGACGGAAAUCCAUCAACCAACCACUUCGAUCAACGUCCACAUGACAGUAACCCGUAUUCCACGCUGUACACUUACCACCCGCGAGAAGUGCCACCGCCCCCCGCGCCACGGCGGGCCCACAAGGCCAUCGAUGGCCACCACAACGACAUGAUCUCAGCUCGUCCGCCUGCGUCCGCGUCGCCGUCGGUCGCGUUGGAAACAGGCUUCAACCAACACGAUUGAAGUCUCCAUUAUUUUAAUUCUUGCCUUGUGAUUGGUCGAUCUUGUGAAUUUUUAUCCAAUGAGGUUCGACGAAUACUCGACACGAAACCUCACGACAUCUCUGUGCCC